AUGGCUCCUAAAAAGAAGGGUGGCAAGAAGCAGGUGGACGACUGGGAGAACGAUCUUGGCGAGUCAAUUGAGCCCGCAGCCGAGGCAGCCGCACAAAAUGGCGACCAUGCUCAGGACACAGCUGAGGCGAACGACGAAGCGGACGCCGGUGGGGGUCUUCUAGCUGCUAUUCGCAAGAACAAGGACAAAAGAAAGAAGAAGGGCAAGAUCGACAACGACUUUGUGGAAGGCGAAGAUCCUGCACAAACCGAAGCAGCACCCGAGGCCGACCUCAAUGGCAAGGCUGCUGAGGAGGCCACGUUCGAUGACGACGAUGUCUUUGCCGGCAAUGCAAACAAGAAAGCCAAGGGUGGUAAAAAACAGCCCGAGAAGCCAGCCGACGACGACGAUAAUGAGGGUAGUGGGAUAAAGUCAAAAAAGGAGAAAGAGCGCGAGAAAAAGGAACGUGAGAAGGCUCGUAAGAAAGAGCAGGCUUCGAAGAAGAAGACCGUGGCGCCCACCCCGGCUCCCGAGGCCAAGAAAGAGCCCGAGAAGGCGGUGCAAGAAGUUGUGGCGCCAACCCCAGCUGCCGAGGAGAAGGGCGGCAAGAAGAAAAAGGUCCCUGCCCAUCUUGCUGCAAUUCAGAAGCAACAAGAGGCUUUAGCAAGGCAGCGAGAGGAAGAGGCUCGCUUGGCUGCGGAGGAACAGGCCGCUGAGGCGUUGAAACUGCAGAGGGAGGCCGAAGAAGAGCAGAAGAAAGCCGAGGCGCGCCAGCGCAGGAAGGAGAAGGAGAAAGAAAAGAAGGAGCAGCUUCGUAAAGAGGGUAAGCUACUUACCGAUGCCGAGAAGAAGAGACAACAUCAGCAGCAACUCCGUAUGCAACAGAUGCUCGAGGCUGGCGGUGGAGUCAAAGUCGCUGGGCUCGCCGCCGAGACUGAGGACAAGAAGAAACCCACCUUCGACAGGAAAAAGAAGAAGGGCCCUCAGAAGCAGGAUGUCGACCUUGAGGCUGCUGCCGAGAAGGCACGAAUGGAAGCCGAGGCCGCAGCAGCGGAACGCGAACGCAAAGCUAGAGAGGCCGAGGAAGCCGCAGUCGCAGCUGCAGUCGCCGCAUCUACUACUAAGGUGGUUGACGACUCUGAUCCCGAAGAUUGGGAGAAAGCUGCAGCCGCAGAUGAUGAGGUCAAAGACAGCUGGGAUGCCGACUCGGACGACGAGACUUCGAAGGUUACACCUGCAACGAACGGUGCUAAUGGUGCGGCGGAAAAGACGGUUCCUGUCCGUGGUGGUAAGACUGCCGAUGAGGAGGAAGAAUCGGCUUCAGAAUCGGAGGAGUCGUCGGAAGACGAGGAACUCACAGCAACGAAACAAGCAGAGGCCCGGAGGAAAGCCGAAGCAGCGGAACGGCGAAAAAAGGCCCACGAAGAGGCGCUCGCUGCGCGGUCUGCGGAUAACCUCCGAUCUCCCAUUUGCUGUAUUCUCGGACACGUUGACACUGGCAAAACCAAACUACUGGACAAGAUUCGUCAGACGAAUGUGCAAGAAGGCGAAGCUGGUGGUAUCACUCAGCAGAUCGGCGCGACUUACUUCCCCACGGACGCGCUGUCCCAGAAGAUUGCCCCUGUCAACGCAGACGGCAAGUUUCAAUUCAAAGUACCUGGCCUGCUGGUCAUUGAUACACCCGGUCACGAGUCCUUUUCGAACUUACGAUCACGAGGAUCGUCACUGUGCAACAUUGCGAUUCUCGUCGUUGAUAUCACGCACGGACUCGAGCCUCAGACACUCGAGUCAAUGAAGCUCCUCCGGGAUCGCAAAACGCCGUUCAUUGUCGCUCUCAACAAGAUUGAUCGUCUGUACGGCUGGCAGUCAAUACCCAACAAUGGCUUUCAGGCCAGUUUGGCUGCACAGAAGGGUGGCGUGAAAAGUGAAUUCAAGGACAAAUUGGAGGCAACCAAAGUUGCGUUUGCCGAGCAAGGCUUCAAUGCUGAACUCUACUAUGAGAACAAGAACAUGGCUCGCUACGUGUCACUGGUGCCGACGUCAGCCCACACUGGCGAAGGAAUUCCCGACAUGUUGAAGCUCUUGGUGACAUUGACACAAGAGCGCAUGACAUCGAGCUUGAUGUACUUGUCCGAAGCCGAGGGCACGGUACUAGAGGUAAAGAAGAUCGAAGGAUUCGGUACAACGAUCGAUGUUGUGUUAUCCAACGGUGUCUUACGUGAGGGCGAUCGUAUCGUGAUUUGUGGUCUUGAUGGAGCCAUCGCGACCAACGUACGAGCGUUGUUGACGCCUGCACCGCUGAAGGAGUUGCGACUGAAAUCACAGUACGUGCACAACAAGGAGGCCAAGGCGUCUCUGGGUGUCAAAAUUGCGGCCAACGAUCUGGACAAGGCAGUGGCUGGAUCGCGUCUACUGGUUGUCGGUCCAGAUGAUGACGAAGAAGAGCUGGAAGACGAGGUCAUGGCGGAUCUCACACAGCUUCUCAGCAAGAUUGACAAAGCGCAGCGCGGUGUCAGUGUGCAUGCAUCUACUCUUGGUUCACUCGAGGCGCUGCUUGAAUUCUUGCGGCAGAUGAAGAUUCCUGUAGGUAACAUCGGCCUCGGCACAGUCUUCAAGACGGACGUGAUGCGAGCUGGCACGAUGCUGGAGAAGGGUCUGAAGGAGUAUGCGGUCAUGUUGUGCUUCGAUGUUUCCGUGGACAAAGACGCGGCCAAAUACGCGGAAGACAACGGGGUCACGAUCUUCACGGCCGAGAUCAUCUACCACCUUUUCGACAACUUCAUCGCCCACUCGAAGAAGCUGUUGGAAGAGAAGAAAGAACAGUCGAAACUGGAUGCGGUCUUCCCUGCUGUACUGAGUCCACUGCAGGUGUUCAACAAGAAGGACCCGAUUGUCAUUGGUGUGGAUGUGAUUGAAGGCAACUUGCGGCACGGAACACCUAUUGCUGCGGUCAAGCAUAAUCCCGUCACCGGGGUCAAGGAAAUCGUCAAGUUGGGCAGAGUGACAUCUAUCGAACGCGAGCACAAGGCUAUCACGGUGGCAAAGAAGGGCUCACCGUCGGUUGCCGUCAAGAUUGAAGGGCCCAACCAACCGCUCUAUGGCCGACAGCUCGAAGACAAGGACACGCUAUACUCGCUUAUUUCACGCAAGUCCAUCGACACACUUAAGCAGUUCUAUCGGGACGAGGUGACGAAGGACGAGUGGUCACUGAUAGUGAAGUUGAAGCCGCUGUUCGACGUCUAA